GUGUAAUGAGAUUGCCCUCUCCAGUGUCAGAAAAAAGCGUGCGAAGGCCUCCACCACCUGUUCCUCCAGAAGAAAAUGGGAAUGAAGAGGAGGAGGUAGUGGUAGCAAUGUAUGACUUUGAGCCUACAGAACAUCAUGAUUUAAGAUUAGAGAAAGGUGAAGAAUACACAGUGAUAGAGAAGAAUGACCUUCACUGGUGGAAGGCGAGAGACAAAUAUGGAAAACAGGGGUAUAUUCCAAGCAACUACGUAACAGGAAAGAAGUCCAACAAUCUUGAUCAAUAUGAGUGGUACAGCAGAAACCUGAACAGAAGCAAAGCAGAGCAGCUCCUCAGAAACGAGGAUAAAGAAGGUGGUUUUGUGGUGAGAGACUCAAGUCAGCCUGGCCUGUACACAGUUUCCCUUUAUACAAAAUUCGGAGGAGAAGGUUCAUCUGGAAUAAGACACUACCACAUAAAAGAAACAGUGACGUCACCAAAGCAGUACUACCUCGCAGAAAAACAUCUCUUUAACUCCAUUCCAGAAAUAAUUGAUUAUCAUAAACAUAACGCAGCAGGUCUUGUUACCAGGCUGCGUUACCCAGUGACCCCAAAGAAGACAACAGCACCAACAACGGCAGGAUUCAGCUAUGAAAAAUGGGAAAUUAAUCCCUCAGAACUGACGUUCAUGAGAGAACUGGGGAGCGGUCUGUUUGGUGUAGUGCGCCUGGGGAAGUGGAGGGCACAGUAUAAAGUGGCCAUCAAGGCAAUUCGGGAAGGUGCGAUGUAUGAAGAGGAUUUCAUUGAAGAAGCUAAAGUAAUGAUGAAGCUAACACAUCCUAAAUUAGUACAGCUGUAUGGUGUGUGCACGCAACAGAGACCUAUUUACAUCGUGACAGAGUUCAUGGAGCAUGGCUGCCUUCUCAAUUACCUGAGGAAAAAACGGGGAGUUUUGAGUAAAGAUGUCCUGCUCACUAUGUGCCAAGAUGUAUGUGAGGGAAUGGAGUACCUGGAGAGAAACAGCUUUAUCCACAGAGACCUGGCUGCCAGGAACUGCUUGGUGAGUGACUCUGGAGUGGUCAAAGUAUCGGAUUUUGGCAUGACGAGGUAUGUCCUUGAUGAUCAAUACACAAGUUCCUCAGGGGCUAAAUUUCCUGUGAAAUGGUGCCCCCCAGAAGUCUUUAAUUACAGCCGAUUCAGCAGCAAAUCAGACGUGUGGUCAUUCGGUGUUUUAAUGUGGGAAGUAUUUACGGAAGGAAAAAUGCCCUUUGAAAAAAGCUCCAACUAUGAAGUAGUAACAAUGAUUAGCCAAGGACAUCGCUUGUAUCGGCCUAAACUAGCCUGUAAGCAGGUGUAUGAAAUGAUGAUGAUGUGCUGGCAGGAGAAACCAGAGGGACGCCCAACUUUUGAAGAGUUGCUUCACGCAAUCAUUGACAUUGCAGAGGGUGAAGAUGCUUUCUGAAAAAAUACAGCAGCAGCACAAGUACAGGAAAGAAGCUACUUUCCCGAGAUGUGACUUCACCAUUUCUUUCUGAAAGCUUGAUUCUGUGAGCUGCUGAAUGCUGCUGAAUAGUGUGGAGAACC